AUGUUUUGGCAACACCACGGUGGCCAACACCAACAACUUGUAUGUAAUCAGCACAUCCCGUUCCUCCUCUUCACUAAUAUCUUCAUUCUUGCUUCUGCUAGCACUGAAUGGUUCGGCGACUCACGUGCUCACAUGAAUCCUCCACAGUCACCACCAUUCAACGAUGUUAUUUAUGAUGACUACGAAUGUCCAGAUGGAUUAGAAAGUGAAGUUAUACCUGAUUACGCAUAUUUCGGUCAAAUGGUUGAAAACAUGGAUGUUUCAAGGUAUGCAAAAUGCUUAGAUAACUGCAUAAAGCAUUCCAAAUGUGUUGCAGUAAAUUUCUUCGCUCCCAUGAUUUUCCAGGAAAAUGGUUUCUGUGAACUGUUAAGUGAAACUCAAUUAGACAAUCCGAAAUUAAUGAAGCCAUUUAAAAGAGCUGCUUAUUUUGAAAAUAUUCAAUGUCGAAAAGAAAAUAGUAUAAUUAACAACGAUUACAGUAAGUUAAUACUAUGA